AUGAGAGAAGAGAGGGUGAGGAUUUUGGAGGGAAUUUGAUGGGAAAAAUAGAAUUAGAACAGCUAUGGAUUUUUCAAACAUCAGGUCAAUAUUUUUAUCAUUUUUCUAGCCAUCCAGCCGUUCUCAUCACAGAAGCAGUAAUGGACAUCGAUCCGAAGGACGUGGAGAUCGCGGAGAUUCUAAUCGAAAAUCAACACAAAUUUCAACAUCAUCAAGGCGACCAGUUUCACCAUUGCGAAGUGGAGGAUCAACAAGAUCGAGAGGAGAUGAAAACAGAGUGCCGGUUGGUAAAAAUUUGAAUGAUUGAUAUAAACAAACACGGUCUUCUUCUUCCGCUUCCGAUUAUAUGUAGUAUGAACUCUCAGAACAUUUCGGGAUACUCUUAAAAAUCAAAAAAAUACUCUGAAAUUCCAAUUCAAUCAACCACAGUCACAAAAUUGUACAGAGAAAACGAAGCGAAUCAACAACAACUUCACAUCGACCUAAACAACAACAAGAGGAAGAUCAGAAUAUUGUUUUGGAAUGUGUGGAUGAUACGGAAAAGCCGCGACAGAAAAUCGAGGAAGCUGUCAAGGAUCAACGGGCUUCGAAGAGUCAAGUGGUUGGAAGAUCGGAUAAUCGAGACAAAGAUCGAGAUCGGGAACGAGAGAGAGGCAGAAGAGACAGAGAAAAAGAGGUAAAUAUCAGAUCUGUGAAGGAAGUCAUUAAAUUAUCUGUUGAUCCGAAAUUUUCCAAGUUUCCGCUAAUUUUUCGAAUGUUAGCCAAAUUGAUCAGCAUCAAAAGUGUUCCAUUAUAUCGACUAAAAAAUGUUGCCAUUUUAGAAGCCAACCACAAUCAACGUGGGUUUUUUGUGAUAAGAAAGAGCAUAAUUUGAUUUAUCUAUUUCAAGAGUUCAAAUUUUGGGUGUGUUUUAUAUUUUAUGCUCAAGUGUUCACUAGGGAUCAUAUUCAAACUUGUGAAAUAUGUAAAUUUUGAGAAUUUUUGAAAAUUAUGAUAUUAUUUCUCAAAGGCUUCUGUAGAGGACAUUACGGGGAAUUUCCUGAAAUUCGAAAUUGUUUUUUUGAUACUCUUCCAGAAAAAUAAAUGAAAACGUAGCAACUCUGAAAUCUAAAUAAUAAAAACGCUUCAUUGCAUUUUUGAAACGUGAACUAUUUUUUUCAAUUUCCAAAAAGUCAUACUUCUUAUUUCCAAACAUUUCUACUUAUACAAAUAAAAGUAUUUAUUACCACAAAAGCUAUAAAUUUUUAUUUUAUUUUACACAAUUCAUUCAUAUAAUUUUUCUCGUAAGCACUUAAAGUUACUGAUAACACAUUUUUAGGCGGAUUAUUUUGUCACCUUUCCGAUUAUUUUUGUACUUCAUUUUCAUAUAUAAAAUGUUUCUUUUUCAGCGUCAUUCAAUGGAAAAUCGUCGAUCUUCGGAUUCUAGAAAUCGAGUUUCUUCGUCUUCGCAUAGAAGUAGUCGAGAUGAUCAGAGAGUUCGAGAACGGGUUAGAGAUCGAGAAAGUGAAAGAGGAGACAGACGGCGAGAGAAAGAACAAGACGAAGAACCAGAAAGAAAGAAAAUUAGAAAAGAAAAUGAAGAGGAAUUAAUGGUUAUUGAAGAAGUUGAUUGUUGUGAAGGAGAUGAAGAAGAAGAAGAAGAUGAUGAUGAACAAAUUGUUGAAGAAGUUGAUGAGAUUAAUGAUGAAGAUGAAGAAGAAGCAAAAAUUGAAGAAAAAAUGGAGGAAAAUACAGUGGAACAGAAAAAAGAGGAAGUUAAGGAGAAGUGAGUUUUACAAAAUAUAUUAAUAGAUACUAGAAAUGAUAUUUAUUGUAAUAAUAUAUAUGAAAAAUAAAUGAAAUUGAAUGUUCGCAAUUUUCAGCCUUUCCUCCGAUGCUGAAGAAUUGGACUAUGAUGAAGAUGAAGAUCUUCUUGAUAUUGAUUUCAGUGAAGACACAAUUGAACAAAUCAAAGAAGCAGCCGCAUUACCAUUAGAAGAAAUUGAGGAAAAAACGGAAAAGAAAGUGGAAAAAGAAAAAGGUUUGGUUUUGGAAUUUAUGUAUGAGUUUCACAGUCUCAUGAAUUCAGUAUCUCGUACGAAAUUUACGAUUGAAUUAUUUCAGAAAAGAGAAGCGAGAAAACAUCGAAAUCUGAAGAGAAGGAAAAGGAAUCGAGGGAGCGAGAUCGAGACAGAAAUAGGAAUCGGGAACGAAAUCGAGAACGAGAACAGGAAAAUCGAAAGGAGACUGGCGAAAAAUCAUCGAAAAAGGAGGAAAUAAUAACAGGAGGUAGUAGUUAUAAUCAUUCUUUGGAAAUCCCAUCACUUCUAACGAUGCGAAUAGAAAUGCCUGAAAUAAUAUUAGUAAAAGGAAGAAAUGGAUCUUCUUCUUCUUCUCAUUGUAGUUGUUCAUCGACACCAUCAACGUCUUCUUCUUCUUCUUCCUCGAUUAUCCCAUCAUUGAUGGAUUUGCCGACUAAUCCCCCAUACUUUUUAGCCUCCUCUUCUACCUCCACAACCCAUUCCACUUCCCAAUCUACUCGACAAAGGAGUCCAGCGAGACGAGAGGAACGACGAAGGGAAUCGACAACAACUGGAACAACAAGGAGAGAUAGAUCGAGGGAACGGGAUAGAAUUAGACGACCAGAGAAUAUUGAAAAAGGUUGGUGGAUUUUUGGGGAGAAAACAAUAAUUUUAAAACCUGAAUAGAUGAAAAUUCAAAUCAAUAAUUUGAAAUCUCAGCUUCUUGUGAAAAUUUUUCAAGCUGAAUGGGUCAAAAAUUCCCUGUGAAAUCUAGACAAUUUUCUCAAUGUUAUUCUUUCGGCCAAAACCCUAGAAGUUUAUAUUGGUAAAUUUUUGCGAUCUUAAAAAUGACAUUUUUGUCCUCAAUCUUAUUUCUAUUGAAAUUAAAAAUGAGUCAUUCCACUGAAAAUUAAAGUUUACCAUAUUUCCAAAAAUAAUUCUAAAAUGAAAAAAAAACUAGAUCACGUUUUAAUUUUUUUUUUACAAAUUUUCCACAUUUCAAAAUUUUUCUACUUUUUUCAGAUCGACGUGAAAUCCGAAAAGCAUCUCCUCCAAUUCGUCGCCGUUCUCGAUCUCGUGAAAUCGAAAGGCGACGAAUUCCAGAAAGACGAUUAUCUUCGAAUGGAGCUAGUAGGGUUAGUUGUUUUGCCACGUCAUAGCUAUCUAAAGUUGAUUGAUUUAGUUUUUUCCCCAACCAAAAAUUCAAAUCUUCUAAAUACCUGAAAAUUCAAUCAAAAAACUGUAAUUUCAGCCAAUUCCACGUCGUCGAGUUUCUCCAAAUCGACCACGUCCUGGAACAAAAACUGUUCAUUCAUAUCGUAAUGGAAUAAGUAAUUAGUUAAGUAAUUAAUUACUUAAUUAAUUUUGCAAUGUUCUUUUUUUAUAAUUUUUGUUAUAAUAUUUUUACGGUUCAAUAAUAAAAAAAUGUACUUUUUCCUAUGGAAAAAUCCUUCCUUCCUUUGUCUGUUUUUUUCGGAAGGAAAAUGAAGAAGAGUCAAAAUUCUCUUUGAUAUUUAAUCUUUUUGACAAAUAAGUUUUGGUCAGUUUGUUUUUGACAAUCAGAAAAUAUUGAUUUUUUUGAUUCAUGGGGUGAAUGAGAUGGAACAAUUUUUAAUUAAAAAUUUUUUUUUUGAAAGUUGACAAUAAAUUGUGAACAACAUUUUUUUUUUUAUUCUCGAAUUUUAAUAGAUUUCUGCACCCCGAAAAUCACGAUUUGAUAAUAGUUCAAAAGUUUUCAAAGCCCUGUUUCCAAUUUAUUUAAAUUGAUUUUUCAAAUUUUGUCGAAAAUAUAAAAUUUAACCAAAUUCAAAUUCUCUCUACACACAAAACCCUACAGUACUUUUUGGGAAAAAUAGUUUUCUUCUCUUUUCUCUAUUUAUUUUCCUUUCGAUUCCCAUGACGUAAAUCACGACUUUGCAUAAAUUAAAAUCCAAAUUAAUUCAAAUUUCAAGUGUUCUGUGUCUUCUUCAUGAAUAUGGCUGAAAUCAACGAACGUGCUUCUACGUCAUCACCACCAGUUCCUUCAACUCCAGCUCCAGUUCCACAUAUUCGACAAUUGGCUGAUAAUAUGAACGACAAAGUUGGACAGUUUUUUGAACAUCAAAUUGAGGGUUCGUUUUUUUUCUGAGAAGUGGAAGGAUUCUCUGGGGAAUUUUUUGAAUUGGAAAACAAAAAGAAAAAAAGAUUUUUCUGAAAAACUCAAAUUUGUUUUCUGAAUUUUUUGUUGAAAAUUUCCAAAAAAGGAAAUUUUCAAAAUAAAUAAAAAACAAAUUUUGUUUUCUUCAACAACUGGGUUUUAUUAUUUAUGGGCAAAAUUUCAGAAUUAAUUUUUCAAAUUUUCAACCCUGUUUUUCCAGGCUCUAUCGAGGAAUACAAAUUGCUCGAAAAUAUGAACAAUGCAAGUGCUCAACGUUAUGUUGAUAUGAAAACUGUGGCCGAAAAAUUGGCUGGAAAAUUGGAUAAUUUGAAUCAGAAAUGUGAGUUUGAAUGGAUUUUUAAAAUUCAGAGAAAUUUUCAGAGUCACAAAUUUCUAUAAUAAAGAAAAUUUCAAAACCUUGCUACUUUUUCACAUUUCCAGUCAGACUUAAACCAAUUCCAGACAUUGCUAUCGAACCCUACUUAACCCAAAUCGAUGCAAUGGAUGAAAGCACUCGACGUCUCGAAGAAGCAACUGCAAUUUUGGAGAACUAUGUCAGCUCGCUCGAAACCAAACUCUCAACAAUCCAACAAAAUCCAUAA